GGCUUCAGAGGAAGAGUCAAUGGCCACCUGGGGUGCUCACCAGACAAGGGUCUACCGCUCCAGAUACAGUCAGGGAUGGCAUUACUGGAGUCCAGGGGAAUCAUUUGCUCACAUCUUUCCUGAUGGUGCUUCUAGCAACCGCCAGCAGCGUGGAUCUCAGCUCUCGGAGGUCUGACCUGAGGUUAAAACUAGACCGAAGAUCAUCUGAUUCCAGCAGAAGGGUUUGGUGGCCUACAGUGGCACAGUCCAAGGCCUCAGACCGGAGUCUUAGAAGGCGGAGGAGGAGAAGCAAUCCCACACAGAGCCCCUGGCUGGUGGGCGCCAGCAGCCCCUGCUUCUGCUGGGACACUAAGGCUCAGAGACACCCACGGUGUUCGGUGUGCCAAGUGCCACUCAGAAAUCAUGGAGACAGCGGUGAUUGGGGUGGUGGCCGUGCUGUUUGUCAUCACCAUGGCCAUUACCUGCAUCCUCUGCUACUUUAGCCGUGACUCCCACACCCGAGACCCAGAGAGCGGCCCCAGACGUAGCUUCACUGUGGCCACGUUUCACCAGGGGGCGUCGCUCUUCACGGGGCCAGCUCUCCAAUCCCGGCCACUGCCGAGGGCCCAGAACUUCUGGACUGUCGUGUGAGGUUGGCAGUCCCUCGGCAUUUACUCGGCUAGUGACUCGGGCCCAUCUACCCGUUCCAUAAGCAGUGUCUGGCGUCUCACUGGUCCAAGGCCUCCAUCCUUAUCCUUCUAUGUUCCAGAAACUUCCUGCCUUCCCCCAUUCUGGCUUGCUCUGCCGUCUAUCCUGGGGGAGCCGAGGUGUUGGGAGCGAUCAGGUGUGAGUUACCUCUAAAAUGAUCAAUCAGUUUGGCCCUACUCACGAUGGGGCUGAGGAGUCUGAGGAGAUGUGGACGGAUACUGUGUGGUAUUCUAUGGUGGAGUAGCUCUAGCCAGCUACGGUACCUCACCGGAAGUUAGCCCCCUCUCAGCAGGGUGCUGUGACGGAAGUCUAUUUGCCACCCAAGGAACCAGAGCCCUCAAGUGGACAUUUUGAAGACCUACGCAUUUGUUAGUGUUUUUGGAGUUGCAAUACUAACGUUUGUUAGUAUUUUUGGAACCUGCAACCCUCAGGUUUGCUCCUGUUGCCUGAAACCAGCCCUGCAAUUCUGAAAACAAAGGGCUGUUUUCUGGGAACAAGUGACUUAUUUUGUAAUUGAGGACGUAUAUCCUUUUAUGGAUUUUUCCAAAUCUGCUCUGGAAAACCACAAAAGGAAGCAGAAUAGAGAAAGAGCCACAGAAAAGCACAAGGUGUUUCAUUAGCAGGAAGGCCGCCGAGGAGACUUUUAAACGUGUUUUGAACAAAACUUGCUUUAUUGCUAUCGUCCGACAGACGGUGUCUAUUCUUAGCAGAUGUGAGUGAUUUGCGUCACUUAGGAAUGAUAGAAAGAUUGUGAACGGAAAGAUAAUUCCAAAAAAAGUUAAAAUGUUGUUACAUUUCAGCGCAUGGGAAGAAGUUGUUGAUUUUAACACAAAUAAAGGGACAUUUGUUUUUAUUAAUAGAAAAUCUGA